ACCCCUUACUGGAGGCUGCAGGACCCUCUACACACAGACAGCUGUCCAGCACGGAAGGUGGCCUGAGGCCCAGGGUGAACAUGCCAGCUAAUGGGACAUCACCCCAGGGAUUCCCUGCCCUGAUUCCGGGAGAACCUGGCAGGUCUUUUGAGGGGUCCGUGUCAUUCGAGGACGUGGCUGUGGAUUUCACCCGACAGGAGUGGCACAGACUGGACCCUGCUCAGAGGACCAUGCACAAGGAUGUGAUGCUGGAGACCUACAGCAACCUGGCAUCUGUGGGCCUCUGCGUGGCCAAACCAGAGAUGAUUUUCAAGUUGGAGCGAGGAGAAGAGCUGUGGAUAUUAGAGGAGGAAUCCUCAGGCCAUCGUUACUCAGGAUCUCUCUCACUGCUGUGUGGCAAUGGUUCUGUUGGGGAUAAUGCCCUCAGACAUGAUAAUGACUUUCUUCACCAUCAGAAGAUUCAAACAUUGGAUCAAAAUGUUGAAUAUAAUGGAUGCGGGAAAGCCUUCCAUGAGAAAACAGGCUUUGUUAGACGUAAAAGAACACCCACAGGAGAUAAAAGCUUUGAAUGUCAUGAAUGUGGGAAAGCUUAUUGCAGGAAAUCAAACCUUGUUGAACAUCUGAGAAUACACACAGGAGAGAGACCCUAUAAAUGUGGUGAAUGUGCAAAAACCUUCAGUGCAAGAUCAUACCUCAUUGCUCAUCAGAAAACUCACACAGGGGAGAGACCUUUUGAAUGUAAUGAAUGUGGGAAAUCUUUUGGCAGGAAGUCACAACUCAUCCUACAUACAAGAACACACACUGGAGAGAGACCCUAUGAAUGUACUGAAUGUGGGAAAACCUUUUCUGAGAAGGCAACCCUCACAAUUCAUCAGCGAACUCACACAGGGGAGAAACCCUAUGAAUGUAGUGAAUGUGGGAAAACAUUUCGUGUAAAGAUAUCCCUUACCCAACACCACAGAACUCACACAGGGGAGAAACCUUAUGAAUGUGGGGAGUGUGGGAAAAACUUCCGUGCAAAGAAAUCCCUAAAUCAGCAUCAAAGAAUUCACACAGGUGAGAAACCCUAUGAGUGUGGUGAAUGUGGGAAAUUCUUCCGAAUGAAGAUGACUCUCAAUAAUCAUCAGAGAACUCACACAGGUGAAAAGCCCUAUCAGUGUAAUGAAUGUGGGAAAUCUUUCAGGGUGCACUCAUCUCUUGGGAUCCAUCAGAGAAUUCAUACAGGAGAGAAACCUUAUGAAUGUAACGAGUGUGGUAAUGCUUUCUAUGUGAAAGCACGCCUAAUUGAACAUCAGAGGAUGCAUUCAGGAGAGAAACCCUAUGAAUGUAGUGAAUGUGGGAAAAUCUUCAGUAUGAAGAAAUCCCUCUGUCAACACCGGAGAACUCACACAGGAGAGAAACCUUAUGAAUGUAGUGAAUGUGGAAAUGCCUUCUACGUGAAAGUACGCCUCAUUGAGCAUCAGCGAAUUCACACAGGAGAGAGACCCUUUGAGUGUCAAGAAUGUGGGAAAGCUUUCUGCCGGAAAGCACAUCUCACAGAACAUCAGAGAACUCACAUAGGCCGGUCCUGGCGUUAUACAAUGAAGAAAGCCUCUGUCUGAAGACUUCCCUCACCAUUGGAUCAAGCUCCUUGGGGCAUAUGAUCACCAGGGCACACAGUGAGCCUGUGAAAAUUUGGCACCUACAUUUGUAUCAAAAUAUGUCCUGAUCCCCUUAGGGGAUAGCUCAUUGCUUUUAUUCAGAUUUCCCUAAUUAGUGGUGUGUGAACAUCUUAUCUGUUGAUUGGCUAUUUGGGUUUUUUUUUUCUGUGCAUUGACUGUUCAUGUCCUCUGCUCAUUGUUUUCAAAUGGGCUGUUCAUCUCUUGCUUUUUGGUUUAAAUGUUGUUGUUUUUUAACAUAUGAGAAUAUAAAAAUCCUUUUUUUUUUCCAGUCAUGUGUGUUGCAAAUAUCUUCUCCCAGACUGUCAUUGGUUUUUAAAAUUUUGUCAUCUGUUUUCUUCUGCUGAAGUUUUAUGUUUUAUUUAUUUAUUUAUUUUUUAUUUUUUUUGAGAUGGACUCUCACUCUGUGGCCCAGGCUGGAGUGCAAUGGCAUGACCUCAGCUCAUUUCAACCUUUGCCUCCCGGGUUCAAGCAUUUUCUCCUGCCUCAGUCUCUUGAGUAGCUGGGAUUACAGGUGUGCACCACCAUGCCUGGCUGAUUUUUGUAUUUUUGGUAGAGAUGGGGUUUCACCAUGUUGGUCAGACUGGCCUCUAACUCCUGACCUCAGGUGAUCCACUCACCUUGGCCUCUGAAAGUGUUGGGAUUACAGGUGUGAGCCACCGUGC